UGUGACAGACACACACAAACAGUCCGUCACUACACUUGACGACCGUAGAGAAGUGCGCCAUUUUGGCUCAAACAAAGUCAGAUAUAUUUUAUCUCUGAUGAGGCGAUAUUAGUUAUUUUCGUGAUUUCUUUCAUUUAAAAAUCUAUAGGGUAUGACUGCGGUUUCCACGAGUUAAAAUCUGAUGUCAGUGUAACAUUUUCUCGUUUUUGGAAGGUGUACGUAGUUAGUAAUGAUUAAAAGUCUCAGCUGAGCUGUACUGUAAGCCAAGCUAACUUAUCAUUGAGCUUUGCUGUUGCUGUUGGUUGUGACUGUGUGCGAUGGGUGGCUGCUCCGCUCCAAACUGUUCCAACUCAACCAGCAUAGGCAAGCAGCUGUUUCGCUUCCCCAAAGACCCUGUGCGGAAGAAGAAAUGGGUGGUGAACUGUCGACGGGACUUUGAACCAACUCCACACUCCAGACUCUGUCAAGACCAUUUUGAGCAGAGCCAGUUUGAGGAAAUAGCCAGGUCUCCAGCUGGGGGAAAGAAGCUGAAGCCCAAUGCUAUCCCCACUCUGUUCAGUGUUGGAGACCCUCCCUACCCUGCAGUCACUGCUCCCUACAUCCUCCACCCUCUGAAACCUGAACCAGUGGAGAAAGAGCUGAAUUUCGGUGACCACGGCUAUGCCAGACGCACCCCUUUGCCUGGCCUGGAGGAUGAAGAUGCAGACAGGACAUUUGAAGAUCAGCAGCCCUGUACACAGUGCCAGCUGCUUAAGAAACAGCUGGAGCAGGAGAUGCAGCACACUGCAAGGCUACAGAAAGAGGCUGAAGAGAUGAAGAAGCGUCUUUAUCGACUUGACCGGAUUGAAAAGGGUCUCCAGAACUUUCUGUACGAGGACCAGGUCCGAGCCCUGUCCCUCACCAAGCGCUCCAGACGUGCUGUGUGGUCUCCGGAAACAAUCUUGAAAGCUCGGAAGAUCCGCUUUGCGGUUGGCACCAAGGGGUACGAGUACCUGAGAGAGAUCGGUUACCCGCUACCCUCCUAUAGGACUCUAUGUAACCGCUUGGAGACUAAGAUCAUGGUGACGACUGAUAUGAGCUGUGAGGAGCUGGCAGAGCUGGGCCUGGGGCUCAUGGCCACCUGCGACAGUCCCACAGAAGUUGGAGAUAAUGAUGAGGAAGAACUGAUGGGUGUUUUGUCCUCUUCUUAGCAGUUUGCAUGAAUUGCUAAAGACUGAAGAGAAUUUGCUGUGUUAAAUGUCUGCAGUAGUACAGGUUAGGCACGCUAUGCUUUUUAUCUCCUCUUUGAAAGACUUGAGGCGUGAGUUUGCUUAUGUGAUGUCAGCUGGUUUGCUUGCAAAUGCUUGCAACCUCUUCUAUUACAUGCCUGUGCUCAGCUGAUAAGAGAUGGUCAGGCAGCAGUUAGCCUACUUGUAGUGGUUCCUGCCCAACCUGCUGUUAUCCCAGGGUAUCAGAUCCUGAUGGUUUUUCAGGUCCCUGGUGUCACAGAGGUGUCGGUGCCUGAAAGAGUGAAAAUGUCAGCUUACCCUAGCUUGACUAGUUUGCAGGUUAACUGCUCAACAAAACACAGCUACCAUGGUAAGACAAUGGUAGGGGAAACACUGACGCUUAUUACCAGUAAAACAAGACUGUCAACGAGAAGACUGCAUUUCCUGCUUUGGGAGCUUUGUGUUUACUGCUGGGUUGGGUAUAGGGAAAGAUUGGGUUUAAAUAAAAUAAGCGCCUUCACAACAUUAAGGUUACACACUGAGACAUGACACUCAAGUAUAGCGUGCAUUAAAAGGCGUGUACCUGGUGAAGGGUUCCUAUGUCAUGAGUCUGGACUGAAACCGGUCUCACAGCAACUGAGAGCAACCAGCACCAGUGGCAAAGGACACUUUUAUGCCAGCAGCUCUGACAAAACAGCAGGAAACAAGCAUCGACUCCCAACCCAUGAAAAUGCUAACUCACUGUGAGCUUGAGCAUGUGUAAUGUGUAGCUUGUUACAAUACGGAUUGUAAUUGAGAGUUGUUUGGAGGAAUAAUUUGCACAAACCCUGGUAAGUUUGCUGCUUGUGUUUUAAGGUCAAAUGUCCCACAUCUGCACUUGGAUAAUAUUUUAUUGGCUCUGUUUACAUGUAUAAUAAAAGUUAGUAUUUGGGAUAUUUAACUUAAGUUUGCUGUGUUAUAUAAACAUAUCUGGUGUGUGUAAAGCACAGCUGGGAUCAAAGUGAAUACUUGGCAUGAUUCUAAACAUAAUGUGGGGUAUAUUGUUCAGUCAUACCUCUCCAGUUUAAACAGUAAUAAAACCACAUUUCGGUAGCUCAUUGUGGUCACAUUUGCACACCUGAGAUCCUC